ACUUUCUCCCUCUGUGGCUGCAGAAGAGCGGCCGCCGGGCCUACGGGUGCCGCGGAGGGACCUUCCUGGCCGCCUCGCGCGCCCUUCCUCCGGCAUGGAACCCCGCGGGGCAGCCGCCGAAGGUUGCUGGAUCCGGCCCGGUCGGGGCCGGAAGAGGCGCCGAAGGGGAAAGGAGGAGGACGAGGAGGAGAGCCUGGCGGCGGCGGGAGAGAAACAGAGGCGGCGGCUGAGGGAGGCCGGCUCAGCCCUGCGAGACUCCGAGUUUUGGGAUUCCAGCCUCAGAACCAUCCUCAAUUCCCUCGGGAACCGCCGGCCAGCUGGGCCAGAGGCCGCCUCGGAGGCUGAGAUGCAGGAAACCCUCGCUGCCUUUCAGGACCUGCAGGUCGUGGCUCCAGCCGGGAGGGCCCUCGAACCCAGCUCCCUGCUGCAGAAAGGACCCAAGAGGAGCGGAGCUGGGGCCUUGCAGUGCGUGUGUUACGGCCUCGGGAACUUCUCCUCCUGCGUCAAGGCGCGCUACCAGCUGGCUUUCCUGCUGCUCUUGUUGCAGGAGCUCCAGAUUCCCCACCGAUGCUGCCACAUCUUUGACCCGGUCUUUUCAGAGUUGGAAAUCAAAGUCCUGAACAGUCUCGGCCUUACGGUGCUCCUGGAAAACGAGGAAGGCAAGCGGGCCGUCUGUGCCCCCACCCUCUUCUACAUGAUCCACUGUGGGAAAGCUCUGUACAACAACCUGCUCUGGCGGAACUGGUCCCUCGAGGCCCUCCCCAGGAUGGUCAUUGUGGGCAACAGCUUCCGAGGCAUGGAAGAAAGGGUACCAGCCAAGAUUCUGCAACAGGAAUAUCCUUACAUUGCAAAGAUUUUAGAAGCCACCAGGGAAGCCGCCCUCCCUUCCCACCCGCAAUACCUGGAGGUGUUUAACGACACCUCCGUCCACUGCUUUCUGCUAAACAAGCUGAGGGCCCUUCCUCGGGAGAUCUGGGAGUGCCAGGAGGAGCCUUUCUACCCGGAGGGCGAUCAACUAGAGAUCAUCCAGAAUAAAAGGUGACGUUAACUGCCUCUCCGGACAGGCAGCAGCUGAAGUCCUGCAUGUGGAUUCCUUCCCUUGGGGGAGCACGGCUUGAAUCGUGUCUGGUUUUGCAGAGCUGCAGUGGUGACCUCACAGUCAAAGACACCACCCCCCCCCAUAAACUGAGGACUAGCCACAUGGCCUGUUCUUUGUGGCCAAGCCUUGAAUGGAGUUCCAGCAAAAUGGCUCUGGGGCAACAGGUGGCCCUUGCGUGAGGCAAAGCGGAGCUUCUGAGACUCUCUUCACUGUUUUUUCCGAUCCCCGGAGGCUGGAAGCCCCACCAGGGGGCUGAGCACGAGCGCUGCCCCUCCAUCACUCUCUGCUCCCCUUCAGGGAGGCCAACCUUCCCUCCUUCUGUGAGAGAGGCAGGAGGAGGAGGAGGAAGAGGCCGAGUUGUCCAGCAGGCAUGGGCUCCCGCCUUCCUCCCAAGGCAGCAUAGCCGUUCACACUCCGGUGUGUUUUCAAAGAUUACAGCAGCUACCAAGAGCAGCUUUCAUCAGUUAUAAAAGUGUCUCUGUAGACCUUAAAGGUUUAGGAUGGUUUAAUAAAAAGAGCCGCCUCUUGCUGUCAUCUUAA